UCUCUUCACCUUUCUCCAACCUCUGGGACCUCUGCUACGAGCCCCAGCCCCUCCACUGGUUGGUCCUACUGGCGGAUGGGCUCAGGGCAGCCGAUUUUCCUAGAGCCUGUCCUGCCCUUGAGGAGCCACUUCUCCGUGGACACCAGAGGAACAGGACAGAAGGUGACCUGCUAAUUGCCCUGAGCUUUGACCUUCUUCCCUACCAUGAGGUGGGGCCGCUAUUUGCCCAGGGCCUUGUGGGGCUCUGGUCUGAGAGGAGCGCUCCAGUCUGCAGAUGAACGAAUCCCCUUCCUGAUCCACUGGAGUUGGCCCCUUAAAGGGAAGCUGCCCCUUGGGCUCCCUAGGGCCUUUGUACGUCACCGUGGAAGCUCAGCAGGCAGUAGUCCUACGUCCAGAAGCCGUGGAAAGUUUUUCCAGGGCAUCUCUGCAUCGGAAGCCGUUGAGCGCCACCGCCGGAAUCUGGCUGAGUGGUUCAGCCGGCUGCCCAGAGAAGAGCGCCAGUUUGGCCCAACCUUUGCACUGGACACAGUCCACGUAGACCCUGUGAUUCGCGAGAGCACCCCAGAUGAGCUGCUUCGCCCGCCGGCGCAGCUGGCCCUGGAGCACCAACACCCCACCGCUGGGCUUCCCCCACUGUCCCUGUCCCAGCUCUUUGACCCCGAUGCCUGUGGGCGCCGGGUGCAGACAGUGGUGCUGUACGGGACAGUGGGCACGGGGAAGAGCACGCUGGUGCGCAAGAUGGUCCUGGACUGGUGUUAUGGGCGCUUGCCGGCCUUCGAGCUGCUUGUCCCCUUCUCCUGCGAGGACCUGUCCUCCCUGGGCUCUGCCCCAGCCUCCUUGUGCCAACUUGUGGCUCAGCGCUACACGUCCCUGAAGGAGAUCUUGCCUCUGAUGGCUGCUGCUGGGUCCCGCCUGCUUUUUGUCCUGCACGGCCUGGAGCGGCUCAACCUCGACUUCCGGUUAGCGGGGACAGGGCUUUGCAGCGACCCCGAGAAGCCAGAGGCGCCAGCUGCCAUCAUUGUUAACCUGCUGCGCAAAUACAUGCUGCCCGAGGCCAGCAUUCUGGUGACUACCCGGCCCUCUGCCGUGGGCCGAAUCCCCAGCAAAUACGUGGGCCGCUAUGGUGAGAUCUGUGGCUUCUCCGACACCAAUCUGCAGAAGCUCUACUUCCAGCUCCGCCUCAACCAGCCGGACUGUGGGACGGGCGCCGGGGGCGCAGGGAUCUCAGCCACGCUGGCUCAGCGGGACAGCCUGGUGGAGAUGCUGUCCCGCAACCUGGAGGGGCACCACCAGAUCGCCGCUGCCUGCUUCCUACCCUCCUACUGCUGGCUGGUGUGUGCCACCUUGCACUUCCUGCACGCCCCCACGCCGCCCGGGCAGACCCUCACCAGCAUUUACACCAGCUUCCUGCGUCUCAACUUCAGCGGGGAGACGCUGGACAGCACUGACCCCUCCAACCUGUCCCUCAUGGCCUACGCCGCCCGGACCAUGGGCAAGUUGGCCUACGAGGGGGUGUCCUCCCGCAAGACCUACUUCUCCGAAGAUGACGUCCGCGGCUGCCUGGAAGCCGGCCUCAACACGGAGGGAGAGUUCCAGCUGCUGCAUGUCUUCCGCCGGGAUGCCCUGCGGUUUUUCCUGGCUCCGUGCGUGGAGCCAGGGCACCGGGGCACCUUUGUGUUCACCGUGCCCGCCAUGCAGGAGUACCUGGCCGCCCUCUACAUCGUGCUGGGCUUGCGGAAGACGACCUUGCAGCGGGUGGGCAAGGAGGUGGCCGAGCUCGUGGGCCGUGUCGGGGAGGACGUCAGUCUGGUCCUGGGCAUCGUGGCCAAGCUUCUGCCCCUGCGAGCCCUGCCUCUGCUCUUCAACCUGCUCAAGGUGGUGCCGCGAGUGUUUGGGCGCGUGGUUGGUAAGAGCCGCGAGGCAGUGGCCCAGGCCAUGGUGCUGGAGAUGUUCCGAGAGGAGGAUUACUACAAUGAUGACGUCCUGGACCAGAUGGGUGCCAGUAUCCUGGGCGUGGAGGGCCCGCGGCGGCACCCGGAUGAGCCUCCCGAGGACGAGGUCUUCGAGCUCUUCCCCAUGUUCAUGGGGGGGCUCCUCUCCGCACAAAACCGGGCCGUGCUGGCUCAGCUCGGCUGCCCCAUCAAGACCCUGGAUGCCCUGGAGAACGCCCAGGCGAUCAAGAAGAAGCUGGGUAAGCUGGGCCGGCAGGUGCUGCCCCCGUCCGAGCUCCUUGACCACCUCUUCUUCCACUACGAGUUCCAGAAUCAGCGCUUCUCCGCCGAGGUGCUCAGCUCCCUGCGCCAGCUCAACCUGGCGGGGGUGCGCAUGACGCCCGUCAAGUGCACGGUGGUGGCGGCUGUCCUGGGCAGCGGGAGGCAUGCGCUGGACGAGGUGAACUUGGCCUCCUGUCAGCUGGACCCUGCCGGGCUGCACACGCUCAUGCCUGUCUUCCUGCGUGCUCGGAAGCUGGGCUUGCAGCUCAACAGCCUGGGCCCGGAAGCCUGCAGUGUCCUCCGGGACCUGCUGCUGCAUGACCAGUGCCAAAUUACCACCCUGCGGCUGUCCAACAACCCCCUGACGGCGGCUGGUGUGGCCCAGCUGGUGGAGGGGCUGGCGGGGAACAGCUCGCUGACGCACCUGUCCCUGUUGCACACGGGCCUCGGGGACGAGGGCCUGCAGCUGCUGGCUGCCCAGCUGGACCGGAAUCGACAGCUACAGGAGCUGAACGUGGCCUACAAUGGCGCUGGCGACACAGCGGCCCUGGCCCUGGCACAAGCCGCCCGGGACCACCCUUCCUUGGAGCUGUUGCACCUCUACUUCAAUGAGCUGAGCUCAGAGGGCCGCCAGGCCCUGAGGGACUUGGGUGGCACUGCUAAAGGGGGUGCUCGGGUCGUGGUGUCGCUGACAGAGGGGACAGCAGUGUCCGAGUACUGGUCAGUGAUCCUUAGUGAAGUCCAGCGGAACCUCAACAGCUGGGAUCGGGGCCGCGUCCGCCGCCACCUUGACCUUCUGCUUCGUGAUCUGGAAGACAGCCGAGGGGCCACCCUUAACCCCUGGCGCAAGGCCCAGCUGCUGCGAGUGGAGGGUGAGGUCAGGGUCCUCCUGGAGCAGCUGGGAGGCUCUGGAACCUGAAGCAGGGGCAGCAGUCACCUAGCGGUGUGACCCCUGGCCCCAAGAUCCUUCCCUCUGUGGCCUCCUGGUUUGCAUUACUACUUCCAGAAAGACUCCUUUAGGGCUGGAGGUAAAGGGAGGAGCACACCUGUGGCAGUUGCUCUCCUGGGGCAAGUCCAUCCGUGGCUUCCAGGUCUGGAAUUUCCAGGGUUAUGGAACAGGCCUCUCCAUUCAAGAGGAAGACUGAGAAAGACUUCAAGCCGACAGUUGCCCUGGGGCACUACCAACCUUGCCUCUCUGCUCUCGGGAGCUUCUGACUGUGCCACCAGGGGGCGCACUUCUUAAGUCGCCUUUGCCAAAGGUGCAGCCUUCCUGCUGUGGGAGGGCCGGCCCUUUCUGCCUUGCUGCUUGCCAGAGGUCGCCCAAGAUGCCCCCUGCCACUUUCCAAUCGUGUUGGUGCCUUCUCCCCUUCACACCUCCUUCCUCACCACCCUACCUGUGCUCAGGUGCUCCAAGGGCCUUGUGCAGUGCCUUGGUUCCAUUAAAAAGCUGUGUCUUCCACCUA